AUAUGCAGGGGCCACCAUGGCUUGGAUGGGGAGUCCUAGAGUACAGAAAUUCCUUAAAAAUGAGAUUUAAUAUUGUGUAGUAGGCAGAAGAGCACUGUUGGUACGAUUAUUUGCCACAAAUAUCAACCUUUCUAAUUCACAUCCGCCCAAUGUAAAUGCUGAGAUAAUAGUGAUUUAAAAAAUAAAUCAAGUUUACUUCAGCAAAAUUUUGCAGAGACAAUCUUUUCUUCGCAUAUCACAUUUUAUUUCUAAAUUUUCUUUUUUAUGUCAAUUCUUUCUUAUUUAGAUUCAUCAGUCAAAUGCUCUUAUGAAAACGCUAUAGUAACAGACACACAUGGUAAUGCUCAGUCUCAUGUCUUCUUAAGGGUGAGAUAGAUAGAUAGAUAGAUAGAUAGAUAGAUAGAUAGAUAGAUAGAUAUAUUCACAGUUACUCUCCUGACCGAAAACAGUACCGAAUCCUACUGUUUUAGGUUACGUUUUCUACGUCGGUUACCUUUCCUACGUACGACGGUUACGUUUCCUACCAGCAGUAGGUUACGCUUAGGUUACGUCGGUUACCCACGACAUGGCGGUUACGUUUUCUACGUCAACGCGCAUGUGCAAAUAUUAAAAAUAAAUCAUAAGGGCGGCUUGCGGCGUGAAAGAUACUCUCAGUUAAGGAUUGUUGUUGUUGUUUUUUAAUCAUAUCAAUCAGAUAUAAGAAACAGAAAAGCUUUUUUUCUUUGAAUAAAAAAAAUCAUUUUUCAAGUUGGAAUUGUCAAAGCAGGUCACAAGAAAAGUAGGAAGCAUAUUUUAUCAUGAGUUUUGGUAAUAGUAAGCGAAAUCUUCAAGAAUCAUUUGUAUUGGUUGGUACCAUAACAGUUAUUACAAGGAAUGGGACUGAUGGCAUGGCCUAUCCUAUUAUCUUGGGAAAAAAAUGGUAACAAUUGGAAAGUUGAAACAUCGUCUACGUCAAAUAGUUUAGAAAGUAUGUUGAUGAGAGAAAAUAUCAGGUUGAAGAAGAAAAUUUCAGAGCUCGAGAACCAACUUUCAACAGACUCUACAAGCUUACCUAUCGAAAAAAACCGCAAAAAAUGUCCAUUACAGUCAUGUGAUAGUUGUGUUACAAAUUUAUCUCGGCACAUGAUAGAAGUACACUAUUGGCCCCAGAGUAAGGCAAAAUAUUGCGUUGGCAUAUACGGAUUGAGGAAACCAGGUGUUAGGUUUUAGGUUGUCGAAACAAAAGAAUGAGUUUGCACCUCCAAGACGUCCACAAACUAUCAAAAGGACCUUACUAUUAUAGUAUGUUGAAAUUAGCCAGGGUGUGUGACGUUGCAUCAAACAACGAAGUACACAUAUGACAUCCAUCCCUGCCAAGCAUGUCGCCACUGAUGAUCGCCACUGAUCCGAAGUAACAGAUUCGGAUAGUUACAUGGAAGAUGACGAAGUGGUUGACUCUGCUGAAAUUUUAGAGAGAUAAAAUUUCAGUUGAUGAAGGAAAGAGUAGCCAAAAGAGUGCUAUUCAGUCAAAGCAGCAAUUGAGAGAUAUUUGGGCAGCUUUGGAUUCCUCAUAUCUCAGUGAUUUAGUCAGAAAAUAUAAAAUUCGCGACACCUUUUUGACAACGUAUGCCGAAAAGACAAAGGAAUACAAAGCUUUAACCAUUAAACGGUAUAUUUUGUCACUGCCACACUUCUAUGACUUUCUCCUUACUGAGGAGAUCCCUCUACCCGGAAUAGCACCAGAUAUGAUUUUAAGGAUGAAAGUUAGUGUAUCUCAAUGGAGCAAAUCUAAUAAUGGAACGGUAGAGAUACAGCAGCUUGAGAGACAGAUGGAGGAGCAACAAGUGCUUAUCACGCCUGAGCAGAUCCAACGGUAUGAGGAGUCUGCCAGUGCAAAGGAGGCUAUCUCGAUAAUUAAAAAUUUUCGUAGCCCUUACCGAGAAAACACCUUCUCUCGUUAAGAAUAUGCGUGUAUACGGGAUUUUCUCAUAACGGAAAUAACUAUAAUUAAUUGUCAGAGGUCUGGCGUACCUAGCAACAUGAACAUCGAUGAGGUGAAGGCUGCUGUAUUUCGUGAUGGUAAAUAUAUUAUUAAAGUAAAACGUCACAAGACAUUUAGGAAACACGGUCCAGUUAAUCUGUGUACGAGAGAAACCUUGUACCAACAGCUCUUAAUUUUUUUUGAUUCAAUUCGCAGUCAGAUACACAGUGACUUUGAAAAUGUUUUUGUUUCAUAUAAUGGCAAGAUGUUAGAAUCUGGAGCAAUAUCGAAACAAAUUAAUAGCACUUGGAAAAGGUCCGGUGUUUAUGGUGAAAACGAUCCGCCAGUGAGGAAAAACAUCACUUCAAAUAUAUUUCAAAAGUCUGGAUCCACCAUCAUUGAAGAUAAAAAUCCAAGUGAAGCUCCAUAUGUUGCUAGCCUGUUGACGCACUCUGAGAGCA